AUGGUUGAUGAUCCAUCUUGUAGCAGCUGGGGUGCUUGUGAAGAAAAUAUGGAACAUAUCUUCCAUUCUUGUCCCAAUGCAGUAGUUGUUUGGGGCUCUCUUGUUCCCCACAACAAACACAACAGGAAUGAUAUUGUAUUCCAAGAUGCGAGCUUCAAUGGCUCAACAAUUAUUGCUCAGUGCCGAGCUUGGGAAAGGGUUGUUAGAUCUAAUGAGAUUAAGAAGUUGAUUGUAAAGAAUAGGGUCACUAAGCUUAUUCAAUGGUUCGCCCCUGCUUCGGGCUGCUGGAAAUUGAACACUGAUGGUGCAGUUAAACACUCGACAAAAGAAGCAUCUGCUGGUGGUGUCAUCAGGAACUCGAAUGGAUAG